ACUCCAAAGGGCACAGUACCAUUGUUUGAUAUCAUCAUUCGGAAUAUUAUUUCUCACGCUAAAUCCUCUCUUUGUGGCCGCAGAGCCUCCCUCCAGAUUCGCCCCCUCCUUCCCUCCUCUCUCUCUCUCUCACACACACUGUCACAUCUCUCCUUAUCUCUGGCUUGGUUCUCUCUCUAAAUUGCUUUCUUUUGCGCAAUCCAAAGGGCAUAUUGUUUGAAAUCCCUUGGAAUAUUUCUCUCACUAAAUCCUCUCUCUGUGGCUGCAAAACCUCCCCAGAUUAGCCGCCCUUGUCUCUCUCUCAGCCACAGUCACAAACACCUCACUGUCACUUAUUUCCUCAUCUUUGGCUUGUUUCUCUCUCUCUCUCUAAACUUGUUUUCUUUUGCUCUUAGUACUUCUCUUUCUUCUUCUUUAGCCAAUACAGAGGAGACCGAUUUUUAUUUACAUGAUAAAGACCCUCCAUGGAUUGACUGCUUAUGUUCUUGUUGCCUCUACAACGCAUAAGCAAUCAUGCAACCUUCAAGUGUGACUCAAGAAUUCAGUAAUGCACUUACUUUUGUAUCCAAGUUGCGUUGCUUUGCAGAUUCUAGGUUUAACAAUUUGAAUUCAGAUGGGUGCGCUUCUGUAUUGGCCAAUUACUUGUACUUCGAUGGGUUUGGGGGUUGGGCUGGUGAAAACAAGUCGAAGUUUGUUGGUUCAUUGAGCUUGAAUAGUCGAAGUGCUUCGAGAAUUCGGAAAUUCUUUAUUGAUUUCAAUAGUGCCAUUAAGUUUCAUUGUGAGAAAAUCCCACUUGGGUUCGCCUCUGUCAAAGUCGGUUCUGGGAAUAAUAAUGGAUUGGGCGAAGAUGGCUGUGGUGUUUUGGAGGAUUGUGGAUUGCCCUUGAAUGGAGUGGGGUCCAAGAGUCCGAAAAAGGUGCUUAUUUUGAUGAGUGACACUGGUGGUGGUCACCGGGCUUCUGCAGAAGCCAUUAAAGCCGCAUUUAACGAAGAAUUUGGUGAUGAGUAUCAGGUGUUUGUUACUGAUUUGUGGACAGACCACACUCCUUGGCCGUUUAAUCAAUUGCCAAGAAGUUAUAACUUCUUGGUGAAACAUGGGUCUUUGUGGAAAAUGACAUAUUAUGCUUCUGCUCCGCGUCUGGUGCAUCAAUCCAAUUUUGCCGCAACAUCGACAUUUAUAGCUCGAGAGGUUGCCAAAGGCUUGAUGAAAUACCAGCCAGAUAUUAUUAUCAGUGUACAUCCCUUAAUGCAACAUGUUCCACUUCGAAUUUUGAGGGCAAAGGGUCUGUUGGAAAAGAUUGUGUUUACCACGGUAGUUACAGAUUUGAGCACUUGUCAUCCUACAUGGUUUCAUAAGCUUGUAACAAGAUGCUAUUGUCCGACAGAGGAGGUAGCAAAAAGGGCAUUGAAAGCUAGACUUGAGCCUUCUCAAAUUAAGGUUUAUGGCCUUCCUGUGCGACCUUCCUUUGUUAAGCCUGUUAGGCCGAAGGAGGAACUGAGGAAGGAACUAGGACUUGAUGAGUAUCUUCCAGCUGUGCUGCUGAUGGGUGGUGGGGAAGGAAUGGGUCCCAUUGAGGCUACUGCUCGGGCACUUGGAAAUGCAUUAUAUGAUGAGAGUCUUGGGGAGCCAAUUGGUCAGGUUCUUGUGAUAUGUGGCCACAACAAAAAGCUUGCCAACAGACUGCUUUCCAUCGAUUGGAAGAUUCCUGUGCAGGUAAAGGGGUUUGUCUCUAAAAUGGAGGAAUGCAUGGGAGCCAGUGAUUGCAUUAUUACAAAGGCUGGCCCAGGGACCAUUGCAGAAGCUAUGAUCCGAGGACUCCCCAUAAUUCUCAACGAUUACAUUGCUGGGCAGGAAGUCGGGAAUGUGCCAUACGUGGUGGAAAAUGGAUGCGGAAAAUUCUCGAAGUCCCCAAAAGAGAUAGCUAAUAUUGUUGCUCAAUGGUUUGGUCCAAAAGCAGAUGAGCUCAAGGUAAUGUCGCACAACGCGUUGAGGCUGGCAAAGCCAGAUGCAGUAUUCAAAAUUGUCCAUGAUCUCCAUGAGCUGGUCAGCCAGAAAAGCUUUGUACACCAAUACUGUUCAACUUAAAUCCAUUGUCAUCUUAAACCAUUUUUGUUCAGUUUUGCAAUCGAAUAUCCUGUGGGCCAAAUUUAACAUUUUUGUUCCCCUUUUUUUCUUUUUUCUUUUUUUCCUAUCAUUUGAUAUGAUAGUGUAAUGAAAAGAAGUGAAUAAAUCAUAUCAAAUUUAUUCCUAGAAUUAAUGUUGUUCUUGAUCA